AUGAAUUCAGACCGAUUUCGCGGGCGGUACGAGGCCGCUGGCCAGGGUCAUCUCCUCCAAUUCUGGCCCAAACUCUCCGACGCGGAGCGCGCGGCUCUUCUAGGGCAGCUCAAUGCGCUCGAUAUCGAGCGCGUGAACAAGAUCUACGGCAAGGCCAUCAGCUACGAGAAAGAGACCGCCGAGAACGCGGGGAAGGAUGUCAUCGAGCCACUCCCCGAGGAUGCUGCCGACAGCGUGGUUGGGAUGUCCGAGAAGGAGAGAGAAUGGCGGGAGAUUGGCCUGCGAGCCACUGCCAAUGGUCAGGUCGGUGUCCUCUUGAUGGCGGGUGGUCAAGGCACACGGUUGGGCAGCAGCGCCCCUAAGGGCUGCUACGACAUUGGUCUACCCUCCCACAAGUCACUCUUCCAGUACCAAGCCGAACGCAUAGCCCGCUUGCAGACUGUCGCCGCGCAGAAGAACGGCAAGCCAGCUAAGCCAGUCGUCAUUCCGUGGUAUGUCAUGACCAGCGGGCCUACCCGCCGUGAGACCGAGCAAUUUUUCAAGAAGAACAACUAUUUCGGGUUGUCUCCGGAGAAUGUCGUCUUUUUUGAGCAAGGCACGCUGCCUUGUCUCACGAUGGGGGGCAAGGUCAUCCUCGAGAGUCCGUCUCACGUCGCUGUCGCGCCAGACGGCAAUGGUGGGCUCUACGCCGCACUUCGCAACCCGCUCUCCCCGGAAAGCUCACGCACGGUGCUGUCAGACCUUGCAGAGCGCAAGGUACAAUACGUGCACAGCUAUUGCGUCGACAACUGCCUCGUCAAAGUUGCCGAUCCUGUCUUCAUCGGAUACUGCAUACAAAAGCAGGCCGACUGUGCGGCUAAGGUAGUGCCAAAGGCGUACCCGUCCGAGUCAGUCGGCGUCGUUGCGCGGCGCGGAGACAAGUUCAACGUGAUCGAGUACUCGGAGAUCUCGCAGGAGCAAGCCGAGCGACGCAACGCCAAGGGCGAGCUCGCGUUCCGCGCCGCGAAUAUCGUGAACCACUUCUACACGACCACGUUCCUCGAGCGCACGAGGGAGUUUGAGGAGGACCUGGCGUUCCACAUCGCGCGCAAGAAGAUCCCGUACGUGGAUGAGAGCGGACAGACCAUCAAACCGACCAAACCAAACGGCUUGAAACUCGAGAUGUUUGUGUUCGACGUGUUCCCGUACGCGCAGCACUUUGCAGUGCUCGAGGUCGCGCGGAACGAGGAGUUUAGUCCGCUCAAGAAUGCGCCGGGCACAGGCUCGGACGACCCUGAGACGAGUCGGCGCGACCUCCUCGCUCAACAAAGACGCUUCCUCGAGCACGCUGGCGCUACAGUUGCCGAGGGCGUUGACAUUGAGGUGUCUCCGCUCGUCUCGUACUCUGGGGAGGGUCUCGAAUCGGUGAAGGACAAGAAGUUUACGCGCUCCGGAAUGGUUGAAUCCGUCGAGGAGCUCGAUGCGUUGGUGUAG